CAGAGAUGAACCUACUCACAAGGCUGGUGGUUUAAAGCAGAGCUGCACAGCAUACAGAACACACACAAUAAAGCAAUUCUCAUGACAUUACUUUAGAGGUGUGUGGAUGAAAUCCACACAAACAAACAGACACAUACACACACUUAUAUAAACAUACACACAUGGGGACUGGAUUACACUACUGGACUGCUCCCUCAGCAGGACUCUUCAAAAGAACCACAGAGCCUAGGAAUAAUAGCUCUUGUCCUCUGUGGAAGUGAGAGAAUCUGACUGUGUCGAGACUGAAAGACCUCUGUGGAGUUAAUUGACUUGGCUGCUUAGGAAUCUAUUUUCCAACACAGUCCUCCUUGAAAACUAUUUUAACUGUACUGGGAAACAGUUAUAGAGCACCUUCUAAAACUCCCCCCUUCUAAGACCUCUCUGUGGUAUCAGAGAAAGAUCAAUCCCUCCCUCAUCACCUCCUCUCAGUAGCCCAGGCAGAAGAAACGGGGAGAGAAGGAGAAGAGGAAAGAACAGUAGAGCCGCCGCCAUCGUCCAUUAAACAUAUGCACCGCUCCAUUUCCUCUAAGCUGAGGGUGUCUGUUGCUAGUGGGGACAUGGAUGCCGCUCCUACCACCGUGUCGGCAGCCGGGGAUGCCACGUGCGACGAGACGGUGUGUGAGGCACUGGGUCGCUUCGAGGUCACGCUGGCGGCGGCGGUGCGCGAGGUGCACGUGGACGUGAGUGCCUUCAAGCGGGGCGUGGAGCGGCGGGUGGACGAGGCAUGUCAAGCCCAAGGGCCCCUGGCCGAGGCGGUGCAACGGCUGACGCAGGAGAACCUGCAGCUCCGGAGUCAGCUGGAGGCGCUGGCCCGCCUGGUGGAGGGUCUGACAGGGAAAGGGGUGGACAGGAGCGCCCUGGAGGACAGGGACAGUAGGGGACAGAUCCCCAUGACUUCGUCCCAGGGGAUGGUGAACAGGAGCCACGGGAGUCCCUCCACCAUGGUCCCCAAUGGACCGUCAGAGUCUGGUUCUUCUGGUCUUGGUUCUGGGUCUUCUGGUUCUGGAGCCUCUAGUUCCACAUCAGCCCAUCUCUCCAGCAGAGAGCCCAUGGAGGACAACAUGGUUAAUGGUCACAAAGGUGUUGACAAAACGGAAGACAGAAAUGUUGCUGCUGUGUUGGAGAAUGGACAUCACAAAGAGCAAGUCAGUGGUCAGGAGGCAGAGGAGCACAAGCCUCAUCUCCCCGUCAGUGCCAUGACCAGGACUUGUCCCGAGUCACCAACUGGCCCCAGACGAGCCUCAGUGGAGCUCAAGUCUCCUGGUCAUUUAUUAGCAGGUGUCACCUCACCCAAAGCCAGACCAGAUUUUUUGUUUAAAUCUGACGACUCAUCAUUCGGCGAGCCACAUCUUCCCUGCACUGCCAUAACCAAAACCGACUCCCCGGCUGGCCCCAAACCGCCAGCCCAAUCUCCUGCUUUGGCCAGGAAAUCUCCUGCUUCAACACCAAAGUCUCCUACCUACCCAAUUGCUGACGUCACCACUCCCAAAACAGCACUUGAUGCUCUGUUUAGUCCUGCACCAGCAUUGAAGAGAGAGACCCCUGUAUCAAUGCAUACAUUUACCCUUCCAGACCUAUCACAAGGAUCAGAGAGUUUUUCUGGACAACAAAUGCAAGUGAGGUCACCAGUCAGCAGUCAUGCAGUGCAGAAGGAGAACAUCUCUGUAUCUCUGGCCCCACCUCAUAUCCCUGUCAGUGCCAUGAGCAGAACUAGUCCAGAGUUAUCAACUGCACCUGCCCCAAAUCAGUCCCCUGCCCCCCAUCAUGGGCUCCUGCUGCCCCAACUCAGUCCCAUGCCACCCCAACUUGGGCUCCUGCGACCCCAAUUUGGUCUCCUUCUGCCACAACUCAGCCCCCUGCCACCCCAACUCAAUCUUCUGCAACACCAACUCAGGCUCCUGCAGCCCCUCCAUCUCCGUCCCCUGCAUCCAAAACACCUAGUCAACCAGUAUUUGAGGAUACCACACCCAAAGCAUCGGGAGAAUUUCCUUUCAAACGUGGUGAACGUGUUCUAUUUCAAAAAACUCCUACCCCCCAGAAAAGUGCCACCCCCUGGCACAGACAGGAGCCUGGACAAGUUUGGCAGUCCAAAUAAAUUUGGUGGUCCAAACCAGUUAGGUGGUCCGGACAGGCUUGGUGGGCUGGACAAGUUUGGGGGUGGUGGGGAGCGGAAACUGCAGAGGUCACAAACGCUGCCUCGCAACCUCGGGAUGCAGAGCAAACGGUCUCUGUUUGAGGGUUUGGCCUCUGAGUGUGACAGGUCCAAGGCUGCAGGCUCCAAGCCCAAACUGCAGCGCUCCCAGAGUUUUAACAGCGCUAGCAGCAUCAAGGCAAUGCUCCUGGAGUGGUGCCGAUCCAAAACGUUUAGCUACCAGAACAUAGACAUCCAGAACUUCUCAUCCAGCUGGUGUGAUGGAAUGGCAUUUGCUGCCCUGGUCCACUCCUUCUUCCCCCUGGAGUUUGACUACAACACACUGAAUCCUGCCAAUCGCAAACACAACUUUGAAGUGGCCUUCACCACAGCAGAGGAGCAGGCUGACUGUGUGCGUCUCAUAGAGGUAGAGGAUAUGAUGGUGAUGGGUAACAAACCAGACCCCAUGUGUAUCUUCACCUACGUCCAGUCCCUCUACAACCACCUCAAGAAGUUUGAGUGACACCCCUGUGCAGAGGCGAUCACCCCUAUCACCGGGCACACUGACACUUUGUCAGCGAGCCAAAGCACUACUCCCUAUUUGUUCAACUCUCGAUAACUGUAUAUAACGAUUGUGCUUGUACAAUUCUAUUUGAAUUUGUCUUGUCAUGUAAUAAUGUGCUGUGCAUAUGGUUUGGGGCUCUUAUUUUGCCUCGUUUAGAAAAUAGAGGUAGUGAAUUGGAGAAAAGAUUGUAGUUUUACAAAUAUAUUUUUUAACUCAGAGAGCCACCUGCUGGUUAUGUUUUAGUGGUGUAAUUAGAAUUCAAUGUAGAUCAUAAACUAAAUGAAACAAGAUUUCUAAAAUAGUGUUUGUCAUGCAUGAAGCUAGCAAAACACCUGAAAGACAAUUUAAAAUUCAAGUUGUAAAGAAAGUGAAAAUGAAAGAAGUGUAAAUGCAAAGAAAGGUGGCAGGAACAACUUGUUAGUUGUACGCACUGUUCUUGAAUCAGUUUGGCCUUCUGCUAAUGCCAUUGGACUCAAGGCAUUUUUGAAGGACUGUCUUGCAGUGAGAUCAUGAUAUUUUCAGGUAUGUUGAUGUUUAAAAGAUGUCUGGUUUUAUGUAAUAAAAAGUCCAGAUUGUCAGUGUUACAAAUAAAUAGCUGUAUCUACAAAAUGUAUUCAAUGUCAAUCAAAUGUAUUGGAUUAGCUUUUAUUUCAACUGUAUUAAAAUAAUAGUGAUGUACACUA